AUGGCUCAAAGAGACCCCCAGUUCAACCAGAAGCUCCUCGUGGACACCACGCCGAUGCCCGACCACAUUCCCAAGGUCGAGGAGAUUGGUACCACAUCUGCUUUCCUCGCCAGCGCUUCCUUCGCCAUUGGUGCCCGCUGCCAGGCUUUCAACGAUGACUACAUGAAGUGCAAGGACGAGGCGAACGGCCGCGGCGAGUUCGACUGCUUGAAGGAGGGUCGCAAGGUUACCCGCUGCGCUGCCAGUGUCAUCAAGGACAUCAACACGCACUGCAUGCAGGAGUUCCAGGCUCAUGUCGACUGCCUGGAGAACAACAACCAGACAUUUUUCAACUGCCGUCGCCCCGAGCAGAAGCUCAACAGCUGCAUCUUCAACAAAUUGGGCCUGAAGAAGGAGGUUCCCGGAAGCCCCGAGAACCAGGUCCCUGUGUGGCAGCGGCCUAAGCAGAUGUACGCCGAGUACCCCGGCCGCCAGUUCUAA